UAUUCAAGAUUUGGAAGGCGGCGAAUAAAAGACAUCGUUGGACCUUCAAGCCUAUUAUUUACGACUUACGGCGAAUUUUCUGGUUAAGUAAACAAAUUUCUAAUGUUGAAAGUCCAAAUUUUAUAAGUGAUUGAAAGUUUUAAGAACAAGCUUUCCUGGAUAUCUAAAGAAUUACUUGGUAUUGGUUUGCAGACAGAUACUACUUGGGCUGCAGCAAUGGCUGAAGUCUGUUCACAUUAUAACUAGUCCCAUGUACUCCAUGUGGUCAAGUUAAAGUUGUGASAAAAAAAAGGCAGAGUGUUGAUUGCAUUCGUACAGAUAAACUGGAAAUAUUGCCUCAGUUAGAUAUGGAAAAUGUUGUGGUUAAAGUUGAAGAUAAUUAUGAUCACUUCAGUAAUACAAAUUCAUCUGAUACAUCAAAUACUUUGCCUGAUCAAAACAAAGAGUACGAUAUGGUAAAUGUUGAGCACAGAUUUGAUUAUAGUGUUAAAUAUACUAAACCAUGUGAUAUUCCGAACAUGUUGGAUGACAGAGAAGAUAAUAAUGGCUCUGACAUUUCAAGAGCAUUAUAUUUGCCUCAGUUCCAACUAGCUGAGAUUUGCAAAGAGAUUCAAAGCCAAGCYCAAGGCCUGAGUGGCCAAGAAGAGGAAUUUGCUAGCCAAAAUCAUUCAGAAAGGGAGCACAACUGUGGAAUGCACUCAGAAAAAGUGCAAGGUAUACUUCAACAUGAUUCAAGUGAUUCUUUGAACAAUAAGCUUAUCUCUAGUGUUGGUAAAAAUGUUCUUGGUGAUAAGAUUGAUAUGAAGCAAGAUCCAAAUUGCCUAGAUACAAAUGCAUUUCCGCAUAAGUCUAGAAAUGCGGAGGACGUACAGUGCAUUACUGGCAAUGCAUCAUCUCSUUUGAAUAUUCAUACAGAAGAAAAGCCAUUUGGUUGUCCGCAAUGUAACAAGAGGUACAUGAGUAAAGGUGCAAUGAGUUGGCAUUUAAAGAUGCAUUCAAGAGAAAAGUCAUUUGAGUGUUCACAUUGCAAAAAGAAGUACAAAAGCARUGGUGAGCUUAAUAGRCAUAAAAAAGUACACACAGUUGAAAAGCACUUUGAAUGUCCACAAUGUGGAAAGAAGUUCACUUAUAAACAUGAUGUAAAAAAACACCAAAUUGUACAUUCUGUUGAAAAACCAUUUGAAUGCUCAUAUUGCRGCAAACGAUUUGCACGAAAGACAGGUGUAACACUCCAUGAGAGAGUCCACUUCAAAGAAAAACCUUUCAGUUGUUCUCAUUGUGAUCAAACCUUCACUAAGCUUCAAUCUUUAAGAGGUCACAUGCUGUUACACACUGGAGAAAAACCACAUGAGUGUAAUUAUUGUGGGAAAAAGUUUACACAAAAGAGUGCUUUAACCAUUCACCUCCGAACUCACACUAAAGAAAAACCCUAUCAGUGCAACAUUUGCGAGAAAACRUUUGCUGAAAAAGGAACAUUGACAAGACACUUGAUAACCCACUCUGAGGAAAAACCUUUCAAGUGCCCUUCUUGUGAUCAACAAUUUCCUGAAAAGCGGGAAUUGAGAAGACAUUUUAUAAUAACUCACAUUGGAGAAAGACCCUUUCAGUGUACUGAGUGCGACAAAAAAUUCAUCUUCAAACAACAACUGAAAAUCCAUUUGAAGACACACCCCGAGAAAAAAACAMACCAAUAUAAAUAUUGYGACAAAAMGGUUKCUCACUCUUCAGAAAAGGMUUUCCAGUGUAGYAUUUGUGAGAAAAGAUUUGCUCAAAAAGGGCAAUUGAAACGACAUUUGAUAACACACACAGGAGAAAGACCAUUCAACUGCAAUACUUGUGACAAAACAUUUGCUGAAAAAGGGAAAUUAAAAAGACAUUUGAUAAUUCACWCWGGAGAAAAAUCCCACAAAUGCAGUAUUUGUGAGAAAACAUUUGCCCUACAUGGAUCAUUGAAAAGACAUUUGAUAACACACACUGGAGAAAAAAACUACCAAUGUAUUCAUUGUAAGAAAAAAUAUGCUMGACUAGAAUCAUUGAAGAAUCAUUUGAAAAAUGUGAAUUCUGAUGUGUCKAUCACAAGACAACUUAUUUGGGAACUUCUUUUUACAAUAAGGACACUCAAAGACCUUUACUCCAAAGAUAGCAUGAAUGGACAGCAAGUCAUUCAUAAGGUUCUCAACAAAAUGGCUUCACCAACGGAUGGUAAAGACGACUCCUCGGAAGAAGAAGAAGAAGUCGAAGUCGAGGAUAUAGACGAAAUCCCGUCAAUGCUACUAGUUUAUAAGAAAGUUAGUCCUUCAAACCUAACUGAAGAGGACAUUGACGAUGAAACUGGUCCAGAGUCUACAGUAGUUCAUCAGGGGUCCUCACAACMAAAAAAAGAGAAAUCAAAUAGCAAAGCCAAAACUUCUAAAAACAAUAGAAAUAGUUCCAGAAGACAACCACACAAGAAAGAAGGAUCMAGUYCUAAAAGUAUCAAUGUAGAGUYGUUUAAAUGCACUUACUGUGACAUGCAACUGAAAAAUAAGUCAAAUCUAAUGUUUCACCUCAGGACACACACYGGAGAAAAACCAUAUGAAUGCGAGUAUUGCGARAAACGGUUUGCAAGGAAAGACUAUUUAAACCUUCACCUGMGAACCCAUACAGGUGAGAARCCAUUCGARUGCAUGCAUUGUGAAAGGAAGUUUUCCGAGAGGAGUAACUUGAGCAAACAUCUUCGAAGGCACACAGGAGAAAAACGGUUUGAAUGUACUUAUUGCAARAGAAAAUUUGCAUAUAAGAUCAGUCUCACAGAUCACCUGCGAACUCACACUGGUGAGAAGCCAUUUGAAUGCACUUAUUGCGAUAAGAAGUUUGCACAAAAGGUCAGCUGGAGUCGGCAUCUUUUAACACAUACAGGCGAGAAGCCAUUUGAGUGCCAUUAUUGUCAUAGCAAGUUUGUGAGRAAGACUUAUUUAAAGAAUCAUAUUAGAAGUCACACAGGAGAGAAGCCCUUUCAGUGUCCUGAAUGUGAAAAGAGGUUUGCGCAAAAGAAAACAUAUGAUAUUCACAUGAAAGCACAUAGCGAACUAAAAGGUUUUAACCCUGUGAAUACCAGCUAGCAGAUAUUGGUUCAUAUGUAUAGACAAUAGGAAACGUUGCAACUUGUCAAGUGUAGGUAUAGAGAGGAACCCUUCCAUUUAUUUCCGUGGAAUGGGCCUGAAUUUACAUAUGCCUGCUCUGCCCACUUUUGUCGUUAAAUACCUGAAAUUCCAUCGUGCUUUCGAAGUAGAAAUGGAGUGUUUCAUGUUKAGGUUGCUAAAAGCUUUCUUUGGUAUUACAUUAAAUUACAUUUGGGAGUUUGUGACUGAUGUACGUCUAACUGAACAAAUGUCGUCAGGAUUCCAUUAUAUUUAAGACAUUUCACAACGGUUGGCAGGUGACGUCGGACCACGAAGGAAUUUCAAGAAUUUAAUGAAAAAAUUGGGCAGAACAGAGAUAUGUAAAUUUGUGCCCAUAUUGCCAUGGAUUCAGUGGUAAGAUGUAAUACACUAAGUAUGGGCUCAAACUAUGUGAAAGGAUAUCAAAACAGAAACAGAAGCUGGUUUACACUUGACAUAAGCACGAGCAUCUGCUUAUGAUGCACCAGUUCACAUUGUAAUUUGUCAAUGUAAGCAGAAGCAGAAACACUAGGAAAUGGAAGAGUUUUCAUUCCAUGUUUCUUCUUCUAUGUAAAAAUUAAUAUUUUUCUGCUUAUGUUGUAGUAUGAACUGGUCCUAAUGAGCGUUCUUUGUGAUAUUAGUCAUUAAAAGAAUUCAMAUGAAAAUGCAGUUCUUAUCUGGUAGUUGUUGUCCUAUUUCAAACCCCUUGGCAGUAUGUAGUAUUACUUUCUCUUUACAUCCAUCCGUGAGUGUGUGGAAACAAGAGGAUUUUACUCUAAAGGGUUCUGAAUUAGGAGAACAAUUAUUAAUCAAGUCUUUCAGAAAUUGUACUUUGAAUCCAGUUACCCAGUUAAYACUGAGUACGAUAUUAUUGCAAAAAGUAAAAUAAGUGCUUCCCACAAAUAAUUGCCCCGUUUGUUUGACAAAAACAGUGUAGUCUUAGUCAGUUAACCAGACAUUUUGUCAUCUAAGUCAGUCAACCAGACAAUAUUAUUUUGCCAUUUUAGUCAAUCAGUCACACCACACAAAGCUCCAUCUUAGCCAUUCAGUAAACAAGACACUUAACURACAGUAAAAKGGRCACUAUUUCAUCRGAAGUUUGUUGURMUUGGGCAACAAAGUAUCUGGUUUACAGACAGACUAAAAUGACAUAAGCACCUGUCCCAAUUUUUUUUAGUUUCUAGAAUGAUCUGCUUUAUAAGUCAAGUUGUUCUGCUGUACUUAGUAUUUUUAACUUUUGCCUGCCAAGAAUUUUCCCACUUAUGCAACAAAAAUAUAWCAUACAACUGUCAAUCGGCAUACCAUCACAUUAAUGAGAAGAGCCUGGUACAGACUCCCUCAUGGCAGCAAGGAAUACCUGUAUGCUACACUUUAUGAAAAAUUCCUUUCACAAGAACUAGGCUGUACUCCAUUACAGUCUGACUACUUCCUGAGUCAAUUGAAUUAAAACAUGWCACCUUAGAUACCUAAUUAAUGAUUUAUACAGUUUUAUUUCUUAGUUAAAUAUACAAUUUUGUUCAAAUAAUUAUUGACAGAGUCAUCUAUUUUCUCUCAAUAACCAUUACAGUGCCAAUUACAAGGCCAUGACCACGUGAAGAUAUAUUGGGUAUAUUUAUGUCAACCUCAUAGAGUGAUCGCACUUAAACCGUGCAACUGUUCAAAAUCUAAGUARUACUAAUUUGUACUAAAAGUGKAMCUGAAGCAAGACGGUAUUGAAKGCUUCAKUUGUAUCAAUUCAAUUUAAUUUGCGUACCGCAUGCACGAUWUACUWRAUAUAACUAAAUAGCACUAUUUAGUUUGUACAGUUGCACGGUUUAAGUGUGAUCACUCUAGCACUAGGAAAUACAUAAAAUAAAAGUAGUGGAAAGAUAUAGUGAUAUGGAAGAAGAUUAUUUCAUGUGAAAAGA